CCAAAUCCAGCUGACACAGAGGGAAGAAUAUCACACUGCACAAAAAGGCAGAAGGAAGUUUGAACAUUCUCCUGCUGGGAGCAGAAGCAGCAGUGAAGAAGUAUUUGAAUCCUCACUGUAUAAAACCGAUCAACUUCAGGUGGAGAGCUGCUUAUAAAAUCUCCAGUUGUCAUGGCUCCCAGCUUGUCACAGGCAUACAGGAGGAGGUGGUGGAUGGCCAUCACAGCCAUCAUAGAGAACCUGCUCUUCUCUGCUGUUCUGCUGGGCUGGGCUUCACUACUCAUCAUGCUGAAGAAGGAAGGCUUCUACUCUCAUCUUUGCACUGAAAAUGAGACUGCUGACAACAACAUGACUUCCAUGCAGAGCAGUGAUUGGCAGAGUUGUGUGGAGCAGGAGGAGAUGUUGAAUCUUGGCUUCACCAUCGGAUCCUUCCUCCUGAGUGCAGCCACGUUACCCCUGGGUAUCUUGAUGGACAGAUACGGGCCACGACCACUGAGACUCAUUGGCAGUUCAUGUUUCGCAGCCUCCUGCGCCAUGAUAGCAGCAGCUGCAUACGACCCUGACGUCCUGUCUGUCCUCAUCUUCUUGGCUGUCGCCUUGAAUGGUUUUGGAGGAAUCUGCCUGACCUUCACUUCACUCACACUGCCAAACAUGUUUGGGAAUGUCAGAUCGACCAUACUCUCCCUGAUGAUUGGCUCCUACGCUUCUUCAGCUGUCACCUUCCCUGGGGUCAAGGUGAUUUAUGAUCUUGGCGUGUCCUUCCGAGUCAUCAUGUGGGUUUGGUCCGGUAUGGCCUGCAUUGUCUUCCUAAACUGCCUCCUGAACUGGCCAGCUGAAUCUUUCCCUGCACCUGAAGACAUCAGAUACACUAAAAGGGUGAGAAUGAGUGGGGUUGUGAUGGAAGACAGGAUGACUGGGGACAGGUAUAUCACCCAUGUGACCGUUAUGGAAGACACAGUGGGAUCCAAGCUGCCAGAAGCUGUACACGCCGACUCCCAAAGCACAGCCCAAGCCUCAGUGCCACUCUGUCAUUCUGUGUGCUCGCCCAUAUUCCUGUGGAGUCUUAUCACCAUGGCGAUGACACAGUUGAGGCUCAUCUUCUUCAUGGGUGCUAUGAAUAAGAUGCUGGAGUUCCUGGUCACCCAUGGCAACCCCAACCCCUCUGAGGAGCUACAGAAGGAGGUGGAAAAAAAGGUUGGUUUCUACUCAUCUAUCUUCGGUAUAAUGCAGCUGCUGUGUCUACUGACCUGUCCUUUGAUUGGCUACAUCAUGGACUGGAGGAUGAAGGACUGUGAAGAGGAAAUCCAAAAUCCAAACACACAAAUAGACAAUAGCCAAUUGGAUCCCCCAAAGAGAAACAGAAAGAUCCAGAAACUCACCAAUGCCAUGAGAGCUUUCAUCUUCACCAACCUCCUACUGGUCACCUUUGGCAUAAUAUCCCUGAUUGACAACUUGCCUUUACAGAUGGUGUCAUUCAUUCUCCAUACGAUAGUAAGAGGAUUUGCUCACUCCUGCUGUGGAGGUCUCUAUGCUGCUGUGUGGAUAUCCAGCCAACCACUUUGGGACACUGACAGGUAUGCAGUCAAUGAUCAGUGCUGCAUUUGCCUUGCUCCAACAACCACUGUUCAUAUUGAUGGUGGGACCCCUCAGGGGAGAUCCUUAUUGGAUCAAUGUGGGGCUUCUCAUCUUCUCCCUGGCUGGCUUCCUGUUGCCAGGCUACCUGUUCUAUCACCAGAGGAACCUGAUCAGGGCAAAGGCAGAACAUAAUAGGACAGCUGCCAGCCAAUCAGAGAAAGAAAAUGUUCCUCAAACCCAGUCAGGCAGUGGAAAUGUUAAGACCCGAGACAAUGGGCCUGCAGCUAAUAAACUCACACCAAAUGGGUAUACUGUUGAUUAGUUUAGAUGUAGUUUGUUAAUUUUGUGAGGAUGUAAAUCUAACUUCAUUAUGAAAACAGUAACACACACAAACCAAAGAAAGCUUCUAUUUUUAAGAAAUAACACUCAAAUUGCUCCAUAAGUGAGAAUAAGUGUUGUGGGUGAUGGACUGCUUGUUCAGAAGGUCUCCAGUCCCCACAGAACAUAAGAAGUAAAGGACCGUAGCCCUGGUUCUGUAUUUUUAUCCUCUUGCUUAAGUCUGUGGCUCGUGUUGAGUAAUUCAUCGCAAUAAAUGGCAAAAAUGCAAGCCAAGCAGGCAUACACAGUAAAGCAGAUGUACAAAUUAAAGUAUGUGUACACAUGAAUGUGUUAGUUAUGAGCCUGUUUUGUUAUUUAAAAUAUUCUUAAAAAUGUGAAAAUGCUUUUAACAUUUACUUUAAUUACUGGUUAUUGUAGAAAGACAAUGUGCUAUUCCAAAAGAAUGAGACAGUUAUGAUCAUGAUAAAAAUAUUUAUCUUUAAAGGGACCUAUCGUACUCUACUGCCAUUUUAGCUCCUUUCACUCUUCUUUAAAGCCAACAUUAUUGUAAAAGAAAGUUUCAGCUGCAGGUGGGUGGGGCUUCCACAGCUGUGUGCUUGUGAUGAACAUAUUCGAUGCCCUCUCUGUGACAUCACGUAGGUUUAAGAGUUAAAAAAAAAAAAACUGUAGGAAAAAGGCAAGUGUUUAGAGCAGGCUGCAGUCCAAGUUUUUGUUUACAGAGAUUACUUGCAUAUACUUCAUUAUUUGAAAAACUGGCCACUGGAACAAUAAAUAUUACAGGAAAUAAAGAAAAGAAGACUAGGUCCACAGUCAAAUGAGUGAUUUCUCACUUUCAAAAGAAGCUAUCCUAUAGCUCAUCUCUUACAUAAUCAUGAAAAAUAUUUCAAAUAUAAAUUUGUCAAUAAUAAACAGCACUUUAGUUCAGAUACAGACUCAUCACUUUUGUUACCACAGCCUUAUUGGCUCUGGUAAAACUUUUGCCCUAGAAUGUAUAUCCUUGCACCACUUUGCUGACUUCAUGACUCUCUAAGUAAUUAAUGUCCUGUAAAGGUUAAAGGUUACCCGUUGAACUCAAAAACCACAGUCUUGUUUUAAGUUGUCAUGUAACAGGCACUGAAAUAUACAGUGACUAGCAUCACUUUACUUUCCCAGAGGCUGGGAAGUCAGUCUCACUGCAGAGAACAUUGUCUAAAUUAAGUUCCAGAGAAAUUAUUUAACAAACCAAAAAAUUUUCUGCUUUUAGUUUGUUUGUUUUUUUAAAUAUAUAAACUUUGGGGUAUGGCUGGCAGCACUGAAAAUUAGGUGAGAGUGAAAUACUUCUGCCCUACCAUCACCUACUGGACUAAAAUGAAGCCAUUUUUUGUGCAAAAUGUCAUCUGUCAGAUGACUUAUCUGUCUGUUCUUCAGGGGAAGCAACUUUGACCUGUGUGGAACAUCUAAAUGGAAAGGUUUUUCACACAAAAUCUGAUACUGACUAUGGAAUGGAGCAACCAUCAGUCACUUCAUGUGCAUGGAUGACACGGCCCUUUUCACUGUAUGCCAGGAGUGAGUGAGACAUUGAUCCACACCACCAGGACCUACAGCAAUGACAUCAGAAUGUCAUUCGGACUGGAGAAGUGGAGUCGGAUGUAACAAAGAGAGGGAAGGUAGUCAGAACUGAGGGCAUUGCGCUACCAGAAGGCAACAUUGCAGACACUGAGGAUAUCUGCAUUAUUGGCUGAGAGUAAGACAAAUCCUAAACAGUUGGCUAAAUGGGAAGGACAAGAUCCGGGCAAUCAACACCUACGCCCUGCUGGUCAUCAGAUACCCUGCUGGGAUAAUAAGCCACUGACAUCAAGAUAAAUGGCAAAUGAACUGGUUCUUGUAUAGAGCUUUUUUUUUUACUCUGCUUUGAGCACUCAAAGCACUUUAUAAAACAUGCCUCAUUCAUAUACAAGCACUUCUUUCUACACCUAAGUGCUUCUUAUUGAACAUUCAAACUCUGAUGGACGCAUCAGAGAGCAACUUGGAGUUCAGUAUCUUGCCCAUGAAUACUUUGGCAUGCAGACUGGAGUAGCUAGGGAUCAAACCAUCAACCUUCACUUAGCAGAUGGCCUGCUCUACAGCCACCCCUGACAAGAAAGCAGUGGCUAAGAUUUUACAACCAACUGCCCGUGGUUAAUGACAAAGAAAAUAACAUAUAAAGCCCAUUGCAAACAAAGAUAUUGUUGAAAUAUAAAUCACUUUUUGCAUUUAGACAUUCUUUGGGAAAAAUAUGUAAUUGCAGUGCCACCAGUUCUGCUUGAGUACCCCCGUUACUCAUCAGGUGUUUGCUGUGGAAUUGCAGGAUUCUCUCUGCAGCCAGAAUAACAAAAUAAAAUAAAGCAGUAAUAAUAAGAAUGAUAAUAUUAUAGUUCUUACACAAAUGAAUUAAACAAAUUUUCAGUUAGAUGACAUACAUACCCUGAAUGUAAAAUAUACACCUUGUCUUUGUGUACAUAUUCAGUGUCUUUAAAUACCCUGAAUGUAAAAUAUACACCUUGUCUCUGUGUACAUAUUAAGUGUCUUUAAUGCAAAAGUCACAAAGGUCCUCCUGGAGAAAGAAUGCAGUAAAUGUCUGCAUUAAUAUUAAUUUCCAAAGCCAACCUGCAACUGUUCAGUAAAACUGCAAAAAAUACUGCAGCUUCAGUAAUGUGGACAUGUGAUGCUGAUCAGAAAAAAGAGUUAUGAGUUAGCAGUUAGCAUAAUUACUGAGGUGAACAUUUAUCAUAAAUGAAAAAAGAAUCCAAAAACAAACAAAAAGAAACACCAUCAAAAAGAAAACAAGACAAAAAACAAAUUAUGGACAGUACCUGAUAAUGCUGAUGUCGAGUCAAACUGCUGCCACUGCACAUCCCUGUGA